AUGGCGGUUGUUUACUUAGCAGUUCACAGCGUCGUUUGAGAUAUUUAAAGUUAAUUAUUGUUAUAAUUCAAGAAAUGGUGCAAACUUGUGUAGUACGUGGUUGCGGCAGUAGUUGGUGUCCAGGAGACUGCUACGUCUCCGGCGCUGCGGGAAGAGCAGCCUCAACGCCUUAGCGUAACAAAUCGCAGGCAUCGGACGAGCCGGAGCGGCUGCCGCUGGUCGCCGAAGGUGACCAACAAGCCGAAGCUGCGGAGGCGAGGAGGGAUUUGUUACAGCAGGCGGAGGCCGCUCCCCCUACGCGCCUCCGGCUCUAUAAAACUACUCUAGGGGUAGGACAGACUCGUACCAGGUGAAGUCGGGGUCAAUCAAUUCGGUUCUUUGACAUAAGUUGAACCUAACCUAUUUUAUUUGUUAUCUGCCCUAAUAGGUACUGUUAAAAUAAAACAAAUUUCAAUAAGAGAUCAUUUAUCAUGGUAUCUUUCUUGUUUUUCAUAAAAUGUGUUUAUAUUUACAAUAUAAAUGCAAACAUUAAAAAAAUAUAGAUAUUUUAGAAAUCGAUUUUGUGUGAACCGAUACAUCAGCUUACGAUUUGAAUCGAUUUAAAAAUCGACCUUUUUCGGAAAGAAUCGACAUCCCUAUUGACAUCGACAAUGACAUUACAAAAUGGCGCCAGUUUCACGGAAGGAUUAGACAUAAACAUUGCAAGAAUAAUUGAUUUUCAAUAAGUUUUUUCUCAAAAAUUACGCGUUUCCGCAUGUUGAAACUUUGUGUGUGUGUGCUUAUAAUAGUGUAACUUUUCUUAAUAAAAAUACAUAUCAACAUCCAACUUGACGGACGUCAAUGGAAAACUAAGCCAGUGUAGAGAACCGUACAUCCUUUUUUCUGCGGCUCGGUGUUCCGUCUUGGUCCUCAGAGGUGACAGCACAUCUGCAUUUUGAUUCUUAAUUGGGGAUAAAUUGUAGAUGUGUAUGGGCAUUCACUUACCAUCAGGUGGUAUUAUACUAGUAAGAUUAGGAUGAAGAGAAUUGUGAUAGCCAACAGAUUUUAUUACAAACUUGUAUAUUUAAGUAGUUUUCCAUAUUUAUGACAAACUUUCAUAUUUUCAGAUGGAUGAGGAUGAGGAGCCCAUAAUUGUUUGUUUCACCUGUCAUGCAAGACUCAUUCGUUACAGAACAUUACAACUACAGGCUAUUGAGUCAAAAGCAGUUCUGGAGCAGUUGCUUGCAGGAGGGUCCACGGUAUUAUCCGUUCCAUCCAUUAAAACCUAUAAAAGCCCCUCAUAAAUUGCUUCAUAUAGGAGGGGUUUUGCCCACUUUGCCACGCUCGGCAGGUUGGCAACUGCAGUUUAUAUUGGUCUGAGUUGUUAUCAGGAAGAUGCUGUUGCCCAACUCCUAUUUCUGUUUCCCUAUGUCGCAUCUUACGAUUCUCGUCCCGUGGGUAGGUAUAUAGGCUAGUGGAUAUUCUUACACCGCCAAUACGCUGUCCACAGUAUUACACUUUUAGUUAGUGUGUUUUUUCCACUGCAAAGUUAAGUUCAUCAUUCAAUCCAACUUACUUUUUCGUUAGAGCAAUGUUAUUAUGUUACUAAUUGCAGUAAGUUAAGUAUUUAUAUUUUCAAAAACAAUUGUCUAACUGUUUAUACUAUUAACUCUAUUGUAUAUAAACGAAAUAUUAUCUAUACAGGGUAUUAUUGAAACACUCCCGAAAACGAAGACAGACGACAGUACCAACUAUACCUUUGAUGAUGGGUGAAAUAUAAAAUCGAUCCUGAUAAAAAAAUCAUCUUUUCACAACGCUUUAUUAGCUUUAUUCAUUCUCUAUCAUGUUAGUACAGCUAAAUGAAAUGAUAAUUUCAUUAAAAUAAUCAUGAAAAUACUUAAACAUAAAGCCAGCAGUGGAAUUACUGAAUUACAAUCAGCUGACUAGGGGUCAAUGUACACGCCAACGCCGAAUUCGCGUGGCCCGCAGCUAGCGGGCCAUACCACAAUACCUAAUAGUUUAUAACACUUGUCUAAAUACCUAACUUAUAUACUUAACCUACUACUUUGCCACUGUGCUUGUCUCCACCUAGCCAUUUUAAUUCGAAUUCACAGGUUAAAUAACCCAAAUAACUGGUUCGAUUCCCUGCUAAUGAAAAAAAUACUUAAAUGAAAUGUAACCAAGGUUAGAGUCAUGCGUUUUUAUUCAUCGUGUAGGUAUGUUUAUUAUUUGAUGUAUUCAGUUAUGUACCUAUUCAGAUCAGUCCAGUACCAAGUUACUUAAAAAAAUUAGGUGUGAAACAGCUUACCGCUCUAAAUCCUCCGUGGUGACGUGCUCAAUGAAACCAGACACACGUUGUUGCUGGUCUAAUAACCAACGGCAGAAAACUUGCCGGCGGUCGUGAUCGCCGGGAACUAAAGUUUGCACUUUGUACACUUUGUAUGGGCGCAUUCGGUUACGCUUUAACACUUCGUGAACUGUACAGUAUGACACACUUGUUCCAUCCCGACAGCCUUAACAAUUUAGUGAUACUUCGUGUACCUAGGUUCGGAUUCCGGCGAACGACAUCUAAAAUGCACUCCUCUGAGUGAACAGCCACUUGACUUCCAUCUCCUGCCGCCACCAGAGCAAUGGGCCGAUUUUCCCACACUCGCUGAAAUUCUGCUGUUAUCAGACGAGUGUCAGCUGGAUGUCGAGCGGUUGGGAAUUUCUCUCGGUAAAUUCGCAAUGCAUGCGAAGCAUUCCCGCGAGCUUUUCCAAGGCACAUUAACAUGUUGUCGUAUUCACGAGCACUAUAAACGUACACGUUAGGCAUUAUAAAAACAAAACAAGAAACUUAAAACGUAACAACAGGAAUAAUAUCAUUAAGUAAUAAAUAACAAGUAAUAACGACAAUAAUUUAAUAAACAAAGCAAUUGAACUGUCUCUUGUGAUAGUCAACACGGAACUGUCUCAAAAACUAAAAUUAUUAAUCAAUUCCGCUAAAACAAAUGCGCACAAGGUAAAGUCCUUGAAGCACUGGAACCUUCCACACACCGUUAAAGCCUUAUGUAUGUGAAGACAUUGCCAACGUUUAUUUAAUUUAUAAGUUUUAUCCCUACGACUAGUCUUCAUAUGGAAUUUAAAAGUUACGGUUGUCAUUUUUAAUACAAUUACACAAUCAAUUGUACCCUGAUGCAACAAGCAGUUCUUUCCAACAAAAAAUUAUUGAAAUCAAUAAACGUACCUAAUUGGGUACUCAGUACUCACACAAUUAUAAACACUAUUUCAUCGUUAUCUUUGAUUUUGUAUAAGAAAAUAGAAAUGAAAAAUGAAACUAAAAAAUGAAACUUCGUAACACCAAUUUGAUCGAUAAAUCGCUCAGUGCCCAGGUUCAAGGCCAGCGUUUUUACGUGACGGGACCUAUGAGAGUUCGGCGCCCGCGAGGAUAUUGACCCUAUUGUCAGCUGAUGUUAUUUAAAGUUUCACUGCUGGUUUUUUGUUUAACUAUUUUCAUGAUUUUUUUUAUGAAAUUAUCGUUUCAUUUAGCUGUACUUACAUGAUUUAGCGUGAAUAAAGUUAAUAAAAUGUUGUCAAAAGAUGAUGUUUUUUUCCUUGGGAUCAAAUUAAUUUGUGACCCAUGUGCUAAAGUGUAGUACCUACUAUCAUCUGUCUUCGCUUUCGGGAGCGUUUCACGAACACCCGAUAUGUAAUACUACUCAGUAAACAAAGAUCAACAAAUAUCUUUGUCAAUUUACAGCAUUCGUGAAUCUGUAUCGAAAUAUUGUUGAGACUCGAUGCUCGGGAUGGAUGAACUAUCUACAUUCUUAUUUAAUUUUAUUCGGAACCCUCACUUUGUCCGGUUUUAAUUAUUUUUGUAGUUGUUGUCAGGAAGAUGCUGUUGUCCAUCUCCUGUUUCAGUUUCCCUCUGUCCCAUUUUACGACAUCUGCGGGAUGAUAUGGUAGUAUGGAGUCUCCUGCGGCACCACUAUGCUGGCUUUUUCUCUUAUUUAACAAAAGAAUUUGGUUUCAGUCAAUACCAAAUCAUCAUGAGGCUAGAGAUAAGAUUUAAUUCACACCAAUUAGUCAUAUAGAUAUCAGGCCAGUAGAGUGUGAUGUAGAAAAUAAUUGUAAGGACGAUAUGUUUAGUCUUGAAUCUGUUAAAGUUGAGGAAGAGAAUUUCGAAAUUGAGAAUUCCACAUUUGUAGAAAAUGGGAAUCAUGAAAUAGAGAGUGCUGAAAAACAAGAAGAUUUGGAGAUUGAUGCUAUUGAAGAUAGACAUACGGAUUCGGAGUACGACUUGCCGCUAAUUGCAUUUGGUUCAAAAAGUAAAAAAGAAGACGAUGACAAAGAAACUUCUGAAAAGAAGAUUAAAUCAAAUUCUACUGAUUGUAACAUAAACGAUGUUCGUAAAGAAAACCUCGAUUUUGAAGGCCCUACUAUUAAAUCAAACCC